AUGAGGGUGCUCGCAGCCCGCAGCGGCCCGGUGCUGCUGAUGGCCUUGGCGACCCUGCUAAUUCUCUCGGCCAGUUCAUGCCAGUCUGGCGCUCGGGCCAGUGCGCUGAAUGCCACGACGUCGCGCGGCCGCCGCGACCAGGAGCCCGGCCACGCCCCGAGGCAGGCCAUGCCCUACAAGGUCCUCUACCCGACCGAUCGGGCAGAUGACGAGGAAGAUGACCUCCGGCCAGGCGCGGCGCCCAUCAACCCGGGCCUACCACCCGGGCACCCGGACUACGAAGGCCUGACUGCCCGGUAUGCGGUGCGGUUUUCGGCGCGGGCCUUGGCCGACGCGCGCCGGGCACGCCGGGGGAUCCUGUCACAGCGGCACCUGUCGGCAGCGGCCACCCCGGAGCAGGUGCCGGCCCUGCUGGCCGGGCAGGAUCUCCUGGCCCGGAUGAUAGCCCAGCUGGACGAUCGCCAAGAGGCCGGCAUGCAGCGUCGCAGCGAGGCCCUGGACCCCCAGGCGGCCCGGCAGCUCGACGAGGAGCUGGCCCAAGUCCGGCAGGCGCGCAGUGGCCUGGCCGGGGCCCGAGUCGAGCCGGUCGGGCACUUCCUUGAUACGGUGGAGAUCACCCUGCCCCUUGGUCUGGUGGAGAGCCAGCGCCUCGGGCGAAAUGUGGUCAUCGUUCGGCCCUCUCCGGCCGUGGGGGCGGACCUCCUCGGCGAUGGCGGAGGCACGGGGCCCGGCGGGGCCUCAGCAACAGCAGCAGCAACGACACCACCGCCGCCGCCACCACCGGGCCAGCAUUCCGUGCUGUCCUACCCGACGGUGGUCCUGACGCCGGAGCCGCCGGAGCGGGCGCCCUCCCAGAAUCUGGGCGACUUCCUGCGCAGCCUUUUCACCUUCAACCGGCGUCGAGAUGACAUUGUCUGGUUCGAGCAGCAGGAGGCCCGGUGGCGGCACCGCCGCGACCGCGACAUCGGCGCCGACCGGGGGGAGGAUCUCGCGGCCGAGGGCCAAGCCCUCAACGCGCCGGAGGCUCCGACGCCCGACAAUGGGCGGACCUUCUGGAGUGAUCCCAUGUGGCCGGACCAGUGGAAUAUCGUGCGUGUGCCGCGUGCCGGCAGCCAGUCGGGGCCGGGCUCGGGCCCGGCCGCGGGCGGGCCGCGGGGGGAUCUAUGA